AUGACUGAGGUCAAGUCUGCAUCUGAAAAUAGUUUUGUUAAUGGUAAUGUCAAGGAAUUAGGUGAAUUUGAUGAUCUUUCGAUAGACCCUGUCAAAGAGGCUAAAUUAGUUCGAAAGCUAGAUCGUUUUAUUUUACCAAUGUUUUGUGUUAUUUAUUUCUUGUCAUUUUUGGAUAGGUCCAAUAUCGGUAAUGCUAAAAUUGUUGGAUUAGAUGAUCAAUUAGGUUUAACUCAAUCACAAUAUUCCACUGCUGUUUCGGUUUUCUAUGCAACUUAUAUUUGUGUUGAGAUUCCCGGUGUGCUUUUAGUCAAAAGAUUAGGCCCUCAUAGAUUUAUCACAAUUGCGUUAGUCUGUUGGAGUUUAGUUACUAUUUUCACCUGUUUUGUUAGAAGCUAUGGUACGUUGGUUUUAACUCGUUUAUUGCUUGGUUUAUUCGAAGGAAGUGUUUUCCCAUCGCAAAGUUUAUACAUUACAAUGACUUAUAAACGUCAAGAACAAGCUAAAAGAUUAGGUUGGUUAUAUGUUUGUUCUUGUGCUUCUGGUGCAUUUGGGGGGUUGAUUGCCACUGGUAUCACCAAGAUUAAACCAAGAGGUGAUUUCUUGAGUUGGAGUUGGUUAUACGUUAUUGAAGGUUGUAUUUCAUUAUGUGCAGGGGUUUGGGUUUGGUUUGGUUUACCAGAUGAUCCAACAAAGGCUAAAUUUUUAACUGAAGAAGAGAAACACAUGAUGAGUAUAAGAGCUGAACAACAAAGACGUUAUAUGGGGAACCAAAAAUUUGAUAAGAAAGAAGUGAUCAAAGCUUUUAUUGAUCCAAAAGUUGCCAUUAGUUGCUUGAUGCAAUUUUCUGUUGAUUUAGUCUUGUAUGGAUUCUCCACAUUCUUACCAUCAAUUUUGAAAUUACAAUUAGGCUAUGAUACAAUGGCUGCUCAAUAUUUAUCAGUUCCUGUUUAUGCUGUUGCUGCGAUCUCUGUCGGUUCUGUUUCAUUUAUAAGUGAUCGUUAUAAUAUCAAAUGGCCAUUAAUCUUAGGAUUAAACACACUGGGUAUGAUUGGAUACAUUAUUUUAUUAACUUCGAAGAAAGGUGGUGUUAAUUAUUUUGCCACUUAUUUGAUUGCGUUCCCAUUAUAUGGAUCAGUUGGUUUGAGUAUUACAUGGUUGAAUAAUAAUAUGGCUCCUCAUUAUCGUCGAGCUACAGCUCUUGGAUGUAAUCAAACAAUAGGGAACUUGGCUGGUGUUGUUGCAGGUCAAAUCUACCGGAAGUCUCCUUAUAAAUUGGGAAACUCAUUUUCAUUAGGAUGUUCAGUUAUGGGGAUGAUUUGUAGUGUUGUUAUGGUUAAAUAUUUGCAUUAUGAAAAUUCCUCAAAGCAAAAGAUCAUGGAUGGUGAUAAAGUUGAUAAGAAAGUUGAAAGAACAGGUUCAGAUGCUUUAGAUUUCAAGUAUGUUUAUUAA